AUGCUUUCCAAAGCAAUUAUAUCAAUAUUUAUAACGGUCACAUCACUAGACUUCAAUGUAAUCGCCGAAGGAAUCAAGCCCAGUGAAAUUAUGCAUAGGGAUCGACGACAAUUGCAAUUGCUGUAUUUGAAUAGCUCUGUUUUGCAGUUUAACGCUGGCUUCGGCUUUCCAAGUGCAGCGAAACACAUCAACGUGAACUACGCAUUUCAAGCGAAUUUCCAACUGCCGUGGAAUCGAACCCAAAUACCCAUAGAUAUAUUAGAAGCUAACUCUGGCUAUGUUGGUACUGCAAGGAAGAAACGAGAAGCAGGGAUCAGAGAAGAUAAAAAUGGGAAUUAUCAGGAUGAUGCAAGACUUUAUCAUUUCUAUAAACAUGUGGAGUCUGUUUUAGAUGGGUUUGGUCACAAUGGCAGGUCCUGUGUUCUGCAGACCCUAUGCCAACUUGGAGCUGAACCUCUUCACUCUGAUGAUGAAGAGGAUCUGCUCCAUGAAAUGGCAACGUUUGUAUUAAAUCCCAAAAACGAUGGCAUCCACAACCUUACUGAAAAGGACGAAACUUACCCUUACAUAAAGGCGUACACCGACGGAGAGAAACACGAAGACUGCACGAAGUUAUACCGGGGAUGUGAACUCUCCUUUAUAGAUGUAUUCACUAAGUUACACAAUCGAUCUUAA